AUGUAUCGGAUCAUUUCGAAAGGUAGAAGUUUUCUUCGAAAUAUAGCUACCAUUGGUGGUCGUCAUGAGAAGUCCGACAAAAAUACACGUCGCUCUUUCUUUUCUUUCGUGACAUCUGUGUCGGGUUUUGAUAACAAGCAUACACAAUUUGAGACACAACGCAGGCCUCUACGAGCGUACGGUGACGAUGCAUACUUUAUAUCCAUUACAGACGCGUCUUGUGUACUAGGAGUUGCUGAUGGUGUGGGUGGUUGGAGGUCGUACGGUGUUGAUCCUGGCGAGUUCUCCAUGACUUUUAUGUCUACAUGCCAAAGACUGGCCCAAUCAGGCCGAUUCAAGCCGAGUGAGCCAAUGCUCCUUGUAACUGAAAGUUAUCAUGAAGUUUUGGAUGCAAAGACACCCAUCUUGGGAAGCGCAACAUUCUGCGUGAUUUCACUGUGUCGAAGCGAUGGUCGCCUACACACUGUGUGUCUUGGAGAUUCAGGUUAUCUUGUUAUUCGUCAUGGCAUAGUGGUCAAGCGUUCUGCAAACCAAAAGCACACACUCAACACCCCUUUCCAGGUAGCCUGCCUCCCUCCAAACGAGCAUGGUCAAUUCUAUCGUGAUUCCCCCGAACAGGCGAUUCAAGACAGCUUUGGUCUGGAACCGAGUGAUUUGGUCGUUGUUGGUACCGAUGGUCUCUUUGAUAACCUCACAGACCAAAUGAUCCUGCAGGAGCUUGCACCCCUUCAAAAUUGUGACCUGAGUUUGGCGUCGGAUGAGCUCUUAGACUGGUGCGCCUAUCGGCUUGUCUCGUGCGCACGCGACGCCGCGGACAAUCCUAACUUCCUCUCUCCUUUCGCCAAUGAGGCACGACAAUACGGGCUUAAUAUUGCAGGUACAAGUCAGCACAUGAUGAACAUUUCCUCAAGUCGUGCACUCUUCCUAUGGCCCGAGCUACUCAUAAUUCAAAACCUCUUCCUCUUUAUGUUCCUUCUUCCACCAUGCAUAAGAUUUUUUUAUUACAUGUCAAGCCUUUCAAACGGUAGAUCAGAUCAUGUGCGUUGCUUUAAUGUGAUAGCGAUAUUAGGCGGAGUUCGUGGCGAUAUAACAGUAAUGCUGGCUCUGGUCGUAAAUGAAGAUGCUGUAAGCGACGUACAUUCGUCCAUAUCUCCGACGUCCAUUUAUGGCUCGGUGAAAAAAACGGUUUUCAGGAUCUCUCGUGGUCGUUCCUCCUCACCACCCUCUGCUCUUGCAAUCACCAGAGAUUCCUCUUUGCAUUUAUAA